GUGUUAGUGUCCUUGCUCAAUCACGGAUCGCUGGAGUUAAAAGAUGCCAUCCCGGCAGCGUCUGGUUCAUUCUCGUUUCGACCGUUUCAUCGAUAGUAGGCCACUGCUCAUAAUGCGUUGUCUGACAUUAAUUAUAGUUGGUCUGGCGAUGUUGCUCGGGUUCACCACGAUCGUCCGAGCGGCCGAGCAAACUCUCGACGAUCUGAUCAAUCAGUUUACAACUGUUCUGCCGGGCAAGAAAACACCUCCAGUGACACCUUCUCCUCCGUUACCACCUCCAGUACCACCUGUAGGUCAGAAGGGUGGACCAUGCAAGGGUGAAGCCGUCUGCAUCCAAAAGCACCUUUGCACGAACGUCAGCACCUCAGGUGUGGGAAUAAUCGAUAUUCGCUUCACACCAGAUAACCCGUGUGUGAACUAUCUGUUGCAAUGCUGCAACCUGGAAGACAUUAUUGAAGAACCGGACGGUAAUAAUGGAAGCGGUGGUAGUGGUGGCGUUAGUACUACUGUUCCAUCUGUGUCGACCACACCAGCCCCGAUUGUAUACGCUACUGGGUGCGGCGUGCGUAACACCAAUGGUAUUGGCUUCAGGAUUACUGGCGACAAGGAUAACGAAACCGAGUAUGGCGAGUUCCCAUGGAUGAUGGCUAUCUUAAAAAAGAAUGACGAGGUAUUGGGACAACCGCGAGAUGUGUACCACUGCGGCGGCUCGUUAAUCCACAACCAAGUCGUCCUGACCGCGGCACACUGCUUAAACAAAAUCCGAGCAUCCGAGCUGAAGGUGCGGGCUGGCGAAUGGGACACGAAAACGACGAAUGAAAUGUACCCGUAUCAGGACCGCUCGGUCGUAGAGAUCGUCAUCCACCCCGAGUACUACAAGGGCGGUCUGCACAACGAUUUGGCACUGCUAUUCCUCGACUCUCCGUUCUACACAAACAAGAUCAUCCAGCCCGUAUGUCUGCCACCGCAGGAUGCCAAAUUCGAUUAUGAGACGUGCUUCGCGACAGGUUGGGGCAAGGAUCUGUACGGGAAGGCCGGUACAUUUCAGACCAUAUUGAAGAAGAUCGAUCUUCCGAUCGUACCAAACGAUCAGUGCCAAACGGCACUCCGAACUACUGAGCUCGGUCCUCAGUUUACGCUGCACAAGAGCUUUAUCUGCGCCGGAGGUGUGCCUGGCAAGGCCGCGUGCCAGGGUGAUGGUGGUUCGCCGCUCGUCUGCCCGAUUCCUAAUAGGCAGCACCAAUAUUACCAAACUGGCGUGGUUGUGUGGGGCGUCGGAUGCGGUGAGAAUGGUAUCCCGGGCUUUUACGCCAAUGUAGCCAAGUUCCGCAAAUGGAUCGAUCAGCACAUGAUCCAGCGAAACUUCGGUACCAGUAGCUACACAUCAUAGGAAGCCACUAUAUUCGUCAUCUUUAGAUGAUUGUUGAUUAUUGUGGAGUGAUUCUAUAGAUGAUUGCAAAUAUAUCAACUACGGUUUGAAUGGACG